AGUCGCCUCCUUUCCGCAUGUCUUCUCACCUCCAUUACUCCUCCCAUUCGUUCUCAUUUAUUCCUCCCACCCCAAAAUAAUGCGCCCCGCCUAAUUCAAGGAACUCUUUUCUUUCUCCGGUGAAGAGCGUCGUCCCCAUGCCUCGCCAAAUCAUCGCCGAUCUUAACCCUCGGCCGUUAUCGCCAGUUGUUACGUAACUACCAACGAUCGGGUUUUGUCGCGACGGGUUGCCGGUGUCUUGACCCGACCCGCUACGCGAAGGAGGUGAAGGCGGGAGCCUAAGGGCUUCGGCGGGCGUGAUCGGCCGGUGAUGGCGCCCCAGCUGAGGGCGGCGCUCGCUGGGCUCUGCCGCCGCCACGGGUGGUCCUACGGUGUGGUCUGGCGCGUCGACCACCGCGACCCACGAUUACUGGUAGUGGAAGAUAACUACUGGGAGGAGCAGGUCAGCAUAGUCGUCGAGGACAUGCUUAAUCGGGUCCAUGUAGUUGGAGAAGGGAGUAUCGGAGGAAGUAUUAUAAGUGGGAGAGAUGAAUGGAUCUACCAUGAUGAGUAUGACACAAAUUCCGACCCAAUCGUCUCUGUCAACAAUCCAGAAGCUCCCCUGGUUAUUGUUGAUUUGAUGCAUCAAUUUUUGGCUGGAAUCAAGACAAUUGUGAUUACAUCUCUACAAUUUUCUGGUGUAGUGCAGUUUGGUUCCACCAAGAAGAUUCCAGAAAGUUCAGAGUUCAUUGAUAAAGCUAAAGAUUUAUUUCAGCUGAUAGGAAGCAUGCCAGAGCCCUUUUCGCAUGUUGAUCCUCUUAAGGAAACUAAAAUUCGUGAUCAGCAUGAAGCAUUUGCCUCUGCAGUAUCUGCUGGAGAUGCUUAUUGUGGUUUUGAGAACACCCAAUCCUUUUAUGGAAAAUAUAGAAAGCAGAUGACUGACAUGGAAUCUUUAGAAGGACCUUCUCAGUCCCCUGCUAUUUUCCCAAGAAGAUUCUCUCAUCAUUUCAGACCUCACUACAGCAUGAAUCCUUAUGCAUUUUCGAAGCCAAUAACUUCAAGUUUUGCUGGUGCAUCUAUAUAUUUAUAUGACCAAUUGCAGAAAUCACCUUCCUGCAGCAGGACUUCGAUAUCCAAUCCAACAAUACAAGAUGAUGCUGUGAGUGAUGAAGCUCAUGGCCUGCUUUCACCAAGCACAAAGUCUCUGUCCAGUUUGGACUCUCAUGAAAAUACAGUUGCUACGUGUGUUAACCCAAAUUCUUGUGCUAAGAUUCCUAAUCUGCCAAUCAUGGAGCAAGGACUGCUUUCUGGGACAGGUGUAUCGGGAUGUUCCAGCUCACCUCAUACUAAUUCAUUUUUUUCUGUUCCUUGCAAGACUGCAUUCCAUCAACUAUGUGCGGACUCCUCUUCAUCAUCUGAACACUACGGAUUGCAAGAUUCCUUGACUGAAGGAAGGUUUUCAGUGGUCAGCAAUGCUUGCCUUUCUGAGUCUGAGAAGCUGCCUUUGCUGCCACACAAUCUACGUGGUGCCAAAAUCAUGUGCAAUGUUCCAUCAUUUGCUCCAGAACUUUUGGGUGCUUCUGUUGCUAAUUUUCGAGACUCCACACCUGAUGAUUCUUCCUUGCUUCAUGCUAAAGACGACUAUUUGGUUCAUCAAACUGAUCAAAGACCGGAGCAUGUUGGAUAUGAUUUCACUGUGCAGAUGAAUGAAAAACAGCUAGCUGCCAGUUCUGCAUCACCUGAUUUGGGUGGAAGUGAUUCCAUUAUCUGCAAUACGACGAGUAAAAUUUCUAGGAUACGAGUUGAGAGCUCAUCGGGUGCAGUUAUAGGAAGUCAUAAUCAGGAGAAUUCUUUAAUUGAACCUGGUAAAUUACUUAUGGAUUAUGACCUUUUUGAUGCAAUGGACUUAGAUCUGAGUACAAACAACUUCCCACAUCAAUGUUGGGAUGACAUCGUAAUGACAACAGGUGGUGGCAAUUACAAUUACUCAAAUUUUAGUGUCAGUGUUUCAGAUUGCCUCUCAGAAAUGCAGAUGGGCUCGACUGCAGGUCCUAGAAAUGGCCUGCAGUCGGAGGCUGCUCUUGACCAAUUGUUGAAUACCAUAAAUGGUCAAACUAUCAGUGAAGGUCCCAGACAUGGUUGUCUUGCAAAAAGUGUCAAUCCUAUUGCUAAUCCUGAUACGGAGAAUCAAUUUUCCAUGGUGACAAAUGUUGGUAGUCCUUCAGUAUACAACAGUCAGGUUCCUUCUGUGUGCCUUCCAUCCAUAAGUCAAACUCCCAAUGUGUUAUUGCCUCAUUGUAUAUCGGACAUAAUUCAUGGAUCUGUGAAAGAAGCACUGCCAAAGUCCAACUUCAGUUUGUUGAUCGAUGAUUGUUGCAGUAUGAAUAAUGAGAGUUCUUUUCCCAAUCAACCCAAGAAGCCUGAGGAAGCUGCUAAAGUAGUUAAGAAAAGGGCAAGGCCUGGUGAAAGUGCCCGACCGAGACCAAAAGAUCGUCAGCAGAUACAAGAUCGUGUUAAAGAAUUAAGGGAGAUUGUGCCUAAUGGUGCUAAGUGUAGCAUCGAUGCUUUACUGGAUCGCACGAUUAAACACAUGCUCUUUCUUCAAAGCGUGACAAAGUAUGCCGAUAAACUCAAACAAGCUGAAGCGCCAAAGAUGAUUGUCGAGGAGAGUGGUGUUGUUUUAAAGGACAACACUAGCAGUGGCAGUUGUGAUGGUGCAACCUGGGCAUAUGAAGUUGCAGGGCAGACCAUGUUCUGUCCUAUAAUGGUCGAGGACCUCACACCCCCUGGCCAGAUGCUAGUUGAGAUGCUUUGUGAAGAACGUGGAAUCUUUCUUGAGAUAGCAGACAUUAUACGUGGAUUGGGUUUGACGAUCUUGAAGGGUGUGAUGGAAAUUCACGAGCGUAAAGUUUGGGCACGAUUCUUGGUCGAGGCAAACGGGGAUGUGACCAGACUGGACAUAUUUUUGUCACUUGUUCAACUUCUGCAACACACUAGCAGUAUUCAAUAUAGUGAGCAGACAACCGAGGUUAUUGAGAACGUAGCUCCAAUGCUUAAAAAUUGUCGGCAAUGUCCAAUCUCUGUUCCGAGUAGCGAAAUCUGACAGAUUGCAGUGGCUUAACACAUGGACUUGAGCUCCAAAUGCCAAGAUCAAAAACUUAUCGACAGGAUUGCACAGUAUCUAUCUUUACAUUUAAAUAUGGUCGACCUCGAUGAGGAAGCUCGAGUAUGUCUUGCAGCAUAUAUGUGAAGAAAUCUGUCAAUGCAUUUAGACUGGUGAGAUUCCUAAGUUCAUGUAGCUGUUAUUUCCUCGAAGAGGAUGGAUAGUAGUAGGUAAGCCAAGGAAGUGAACUUGGUUCAUGUAUUCAGCUGCUCACUAGAAGGAUGUUUACGAUCGUCGUCGAUAUAAAUUCCUUUGUACCAUGUAUAGCCUUUGACAUUGUGGCUUUUAGUUAACCUGUGUAACAUGGAAUUUGAUGCUGUAGAUCUAAUUAAUUUUUAGUGUAACUAUUCUUGACC